AUGCUCGACACGAUUCCCACUGAGUUGUUCGCCCGCAUCGUCAACCUCGCCUCACCCGCCACAAAGCCCUUCUCGGUGCAGCAGAAGGCGCGUUACGGGUUGCUUCGGAGUCUGAGUCUUGUCAACAAGGCCGUCGGACAGCGCGCAAUGCGUCUGCUCUGGCAGGACCUCCGCCUCACCCUCCCGGCCGACAAGGACCACCUCGAAGCCAGCUCGAACCGCCUUGCAGACGCAGUCACGACUCUUUCUAUCAUCGUCGAGCCUGCUGCGAAGCCGGAGCAGGGAUUUCACGCCGAGCCGGUCGAGGAGGACCUGCAGAUCCUCGCCAAAGUUCCCAACGUCCAGACUCUCUUCGUGCGCACCGAGGCUGUUGUGGUUGGCCAGGCGAAGAAGUCAUGGGAGUCGGAUCCUUUCGCCUUCUCGACGGUUCAGCUCGACUUCGGCAACGACAGCAGUCUGCGCCAUCUCGACUCGCUCUUCAUCAUGAAUGGUGUCCUCGACUUGCGCAACCUCGCCUCGGCCUGCGCGCUCUCGCUCACCCGCCUCGCUCUCUGCGGCUUCCUCUACAGCGCCACGAGUCUCUACAAGCUGUUCUCGCCGAGCGUCUUGCCGAACCUCUGCCAGCUCCGCAUCGGCCCUGUGCGCAGGGAGGAGGGAGCAAUGGAGACGCCUUGGCUCAAGCUGCCGAAGAUCCCGAAGGACUUUCUCGACCAACUCGACUUCCUUGAAGUCGGCCAGCGCACCUACUUCGGCUACGGCCCUCUUCCCGAGUCUUACACCGCCACGUCGACGCCAACUCUCGUCAUGAUCGACGAGCAUGUCUGGGAGUUCCCGCCCAUCCAGUAUCUUCACGUCGUCAAGCACGACCCGAUCUCGUACAAGCACAAGUUCCUCGACAAGCUGACGUACCUCAAGGCCGUCUUUGUCGAGCGCUCGCACCAGGGUUCCGAGUUUGCCGAGUCCUUCUAUGACGGAUGUACCGCGCGCGGCGUCGAGGUCGUCUGGUGCGAGGCGGAGGACUACGACUUCAUCCUCCCCGAGUUUGAGGCGUACAUCAGCCGCUCUUCCGCGUAG